CUGAGAGUCUGCAGCAGGAACUUGUCAUGGAAAUAAAUCCGAAAUUUGAUUCAAAAUUAGGUGAGGAUUAUGUUGAACCAAUAACUGGAUACUUUUGUCGUCUGUGUCGACAAUUCAUCCAUGAAGAAGAAGACGCCAUUUUGAAACACUGUCUGUUAACUGUUCAUCAAGCUUUACAUCAUAACCAUCUUGAAAAUUGUUGUUCUAUUGAGCGAGCUAUAGCUGAUGAAAUGAUUAGAAAGUCUGCUCCAUCACAGAAUCAAGUGUGUUCAACGAAAGAUCAACAGAAUCCACCGGUACUUUAUGAUUCCGUCCCAGAAAGUAACAUACAAAUUCUUCGCAGGGAUGAGGUUAUCGAUCAACUGGAAUCUGAUAUCUCUACUGAAGAUAUCCACCUUACAUUAGAGGACAAUAAUUGUCUGAUAAUAAAAUCAAAUGAACUUCCAGAAUCUGGUAGGCCAGAAGCAAAUAUAGAACAAGAUAUGGAAUUAAUUCACCAAGGCCUAGAACAAGGCCUAGAACCAAAUAUGGCAUUAACUCAACAAGGCCUAGAACCAAAUACAGUAUUAACUCAACAAGGCCUAGAACCAAAUAUGGCAUUAACUCAACAAGGCCUAGAACCAAAUACAGUAUUAACUCAACAAGGCCUAGAACCAAAUACAGUAUUAACUCAACAAGGCUUAGAACCAAAUAAAGCAUUAACUCAACAAGGCCUAGAACCAAAUACAGUAUUAACUCAACACGGCCUAGAACCAAAUACAGUAUUAACUCAACAAGGCCUAGAACCAAAUACAGUAUUAACUCAACAAGGCCUAGAACGAAAUACAGCCUUAACUCAACAAGGCCUAGAACCAAAUAUGGCAUUAAUUAAACAAGGCCUAGAACCAGAUCAUAUGGAUACACAACCAGGUGAACAAAGCAUAAAGCCACCUCAACUUCAAACAUGUGAACUUGGCCUAGAAGUUGAACAAUUAAUUGGUGAGUUGAUUCAACAUAGUCUAAACGUCCAUCUUUUAACAACAGAACAAUGUGAACAUUAUUCAGAAUCAAGUGAACAAGAACAUCAAAUGGAGCCCAUCCUAUUUCAUGCAAAACCAACUGAACAGGCACAUCAACUGGAACCCAUCCUAUUUCAUGCAAAACCAACUGAAAAGGCAUAUCCAAUGGAAGAUAUCCAUCUAGAACUGAAUUUAUCUGAACAAACAAGGUCCAGGGAAUGUAGUGUAGAAAUAAAUAUUCUCAAAACAGAACAGAAUGAACCUAAGCUGGAACCAAAUAAAUGUGUUCUGGAACCAGAUAUAUUUAAUACAGAACCAAAUGGACAUAAGCUAGAACCAAAUGUAUUUGAUACAGAACCAUAUGAACAUGAUUUGGAACCAAAUGAACAUGAUCUAGCACCAAAUGAACAUGAUCUAGAACCAAAUGGACACGAUCUAGAACAAAAUGACUGUAAUACAGAACAAAAUGAACAUAAACUAGAUGUAAAUGAAAAUGAUCUAGUACCAAAUGAAGAUGAUCUAGAAACAAACCUAUGUAAUACAGAACGAAAUGAAUGUGAUCUAGAAAUAACAACUGAACCAAAUGAAGAUAGUCUAGAACCAAAUGAACAUGGCCUUGAACCAAAUCCACGUGAUACAGAACCAAAUGAACACGGUCCAGAACAAAGUGUCUGUACAAUUGAAACAAAUGAAGCUGACUGUGAACCAAAUUUACCCACAACAGAACAUAUUGAACAUGACCUAGAAGCACAUCCACCCAAAAACAUAACAAAUGUUUGUAACAUAGAAACAAAUGCGUCCAUAGGAGAACCUAGUAAACUUUGUAUAGAUCCAGAUCUCCCCAAAACAUUACUAAAUGAACAUAGCCAAGAACCAAAUUUCAGUAUUAGCGAAGCAAGUGGACAUAUUCUAGAGCAAAUUGUGUGUACUACAGAACCACCUCAGUGUAGGCCAGAACCAAAUGUUUCCGAUACAAGUCAACCCAAGAUCACAGGUGCUAUUGAAACUGGGCAAAGACAGAAUUCCUCUACUGCAGAACAACUCAACCCUUCUGAGUUUGAUGACAAUAAACAAGAAGGUAUCCUCUCUGGAGCUCAAGCUGCAGGAAAUGACCAAGGUAAAGAAGAGGUUAAAAAUGUUAUAGCAGAGCUAAUUGAACUCAGUUUAGACAUUCAUCUUUCUAUGGCAGAACAAGGUGAUAGAAAGGUCCACACAUCAGUUUCAGAACCCAGUAAACUUUGCCUAGAUAAAGGCUCUGAUUCUACAGAACAAAAUGAAGAUAUGUUAGAAAAGAAUAACUAUGUUUCACAUAGUGAAUGUGUUGAUUUAGGACUAAAAUCAAAUGAAAAUUGUUCUCCACAUUUGAACCACAAGAGCAUCAACUUAGGGCAUGUUUAUCCCCACAGAAAUGUUUGUAAUUCUUCUACCAUAGACUAUUGUCUGGGCACUGAACAAACUGUAAAUAACCAACAUAAAAGUGAACAUAACGUUGCAGUUAAUGCCCUUAUAGCUAAAGAACAAAGUGAAUCUAACCUCUCUGCUAAAGAACAAAGUGAACAUAACUUUUCAGCUAUAGAUGGAAGUGAACAUAACCUCGCAGCUGUGGAACAAAUAAAUGAUAACCUUGUGGUCACAGCAUAUAACCUCACAGCUAUUGAACAAAGUGAACAAAACUCCUCCACUAUAGAACAAAGUGAAUAUUACCUCUCCAAUACAGAACAAAGUGAAUAUAACCUUUCCACUACUGAAAAAAGUGAAGAUAAUCUCAAAACUGCAGAACAAAGUGAAGAUAACCUCAAAACUGUUGAACAAAGUGAAGAUCACCCCAAAACUUCUGAACAAAGUGAGGAUAACCCCACAAGUAUUGACCUUUCAGCUGCUGAACAUCACCUCAAAACUACCGAACAUAACCUUCUAUAAGCAGAACAAAGUGAACAUAACCUUUCAGCUGCUGCUCAAAGGGAACAACAUAACCUCAGAGCUACUGAACAUGUGUAACAAGUGAUAACAUGAUCCCUCUCAUGUUAAUAAACAGCUACUGAAUGAGUGUGGACAUACUCUAACAGUUCAUGAACAAGUGUGGACAUACUCUAACAUUUCAUGAACAAGUGUGAACAUACCUUAAAACCUACUGAAUGAAUUAUGUUUUAUUUAGAAUUGUUAAAUGUCCUUGUUAAGCAGCUAGAACGCCCAUGUUUUUUUUAAGAUUAAUGAAUGCUUUGUUAAAUUUUAUAAUCUGUAUAUUUGGUAUUGCUAUUUUUUUUGUUGUGAGUUUUUAUAUUUUAUUGUUUUAAGAGGUCAAAUAACAUCUUAUAUUUAAAGAAUGUUGCUAGUAGCAAUUUAUACUCUUGUUAGUUCUAGAAGUUCUAGAGUUGGUUUGAUUUGAUGGUCUAGUAUCUGCAGAUCUAGAGUUGUGCAGCAGUUGUCACUAUGGAGUAUUAUGUUCGUAGGCAUGAUUCUUUGAUUGAACAUUGUACUCUUGCUAGUUCUAGAAGUACUAGAGUUGGUUUGAUGGUCAAAUGUCUGCAGACAUGUGCAGGCAGUUGUCGUCAACCUAGUCAUAGACUCGAUCCCAUAACGAUUGUACAUAACGAGGAGUAGGUUUGCAUCCCUUAACUUGAGAUAAAAAGCAAAAUUUAAAAAAAAUGUUUCCAUAGAACAACAAUUCAAGUUGGUGUCUUGCCUUCUAUCAAAUUUGUUUUAUUAAUGUAUGUGAUAGUAAUUUUCUUUAAUAAUAGCUUUUAAUUAUGGUGCCAAUUCUCUACUUUCAAUGUCGAGUGGAGGUUAAACCCCAUCUCUCUCUCCUUUCAAUAAUUCUGUGCUAUAUGUAUAUUUUGGUAACUUCACUUUGAUUAUUAUGUUUAGUUUCAGCUUAAUCUAGUUUGCCAUUAUAAUGCCAAGAGGUCAGUUUGAAUCAAACUAAUACAUAUAGGGUGAUCGAGAAACUUUACUAUAUUUUUUGCAUUGUAAGCUUAAAUUUUCUGAACUUAUAAUUUUAUAACAUAUACAUUUAACUGACAGGUAUAAGUUCACCAGUCAAUCAAGACUGGUAGAUAGGACUUAAAAAGAGCCCAUUUUCAAGGGAAGCAACUCAUUUACAAGGGUUCAGACCACUAUUCUUGUUGCAUGUAAAUUUAAUAAUAAUAAUAAUAAUAAUAUCUUUAUUCGUACUUAAUUGUACACUUUCAAAGGGGAAAAAAUAACAAUGAAAAGUUACAUGAUAUGUACAAUAGUUCAUUAGGUAUUUACAGUUAAAACUAGACACCAUUCUUAUGAAAUACACAAAUGAUCAAUGAUUUCGUCAAUGUUAGGGUCUUGUUUUAAGGUUCUGCAGCUGGUCAUUUUCCCUGCCAGUCAGUCAAAACUGAAACAAUAACCUUGAUCCUGGACUGUGUUAUUAAAAUAAAACUCUUUUUCACCAGUUUUGGUCGAAUGUGUGAAUUAUGACUCAAAGAUAUUGGAUUAUGCUUAAUUAUACAAUGACACUUGUUUUUAUAUACUGAAACAUAUCAGUUGAUUACUUUUGUUACUUGAUGUCCUUGCAUGACUUGUUGAUAUUCUAUUGGGGUAUAUGGUUGUCCAAUCCAACAUUGUUCUGUUAUGGUUGUUCAUUGAUCGAAGAUAUGUUGAUUAUCUUGGUGUUUUUUCCGCCGAAAAUAAUUAAUAUUUAUUGAUCCAAAAUUUGUUUGUUUUUUUGAGUAUAGCUAAUACAGGUAAAAGACAUUACCUGAAUUACAUACAGGAGAGAGAGAGAUUAAUGUAAUCGACAUGGAAGAGUAGGACAUUCGCUGGCGCAGCGGACUUAAGCAGCGGGAG